CAUUCAUUUUCUUUUGAGAAAUCUGUAGGAAUAGUUGUGGAUAUUGUUUAAUAAAAUUUAAUUUUAAAGUUACAAUAAGUUCGGUUAAUAAACUAUUGUACAAGUGGAGUUUACGUAUCAUCAUUCAAAAUUGGUAGAAUUACAGUGCAUUUUAGUAAACUUUUGUAUUUUAUUUACUUGAUUGUGGUCAACAUGGGAUUGCUUUCUGAGGGAAGUCCAUUAUCUUGGGAAGAGACUAAAGCUCUGGCCGAGCACGUCCGACAACACGGUAUCGAACAGUUCAUCAAUCUGUACAGCAAGCUGAGGGACAGAAGAGGCGAUGUGCUCAAGUGGGGAGAUGAGGUGGAGUAUAUUAUCGUUAAAUUUGAUGAUGAAAACCAAAAAGCAACUGUAAGUCUCAGGGCAGCUGAGUUACUCCCACAAUUACAGGAAAAAGAACUUGCAGAUCCACAGAAUUGUAAAUCUUUAUGGCGGCCCGAGUACGGUGCGUACAUGGUAGAGGGCACACCGGGAAAGCCCUACGGUGGACUCCUAGCGCACUUCAACAUUGUGGAAGCCAACAUGCAGCUACGGCGCGCCGAAGCAAGCAAACUACUAAAAGAUGGAGAAGUUAUAAUGAGCAUCACCAACUUUCCGAGGCUAGGGUGCCCAAACUUUACAAGUCCGCCUGUAGCACCAAAUCCAAAUGGCGAAGUCACAAAAUCCCUCUUUUUCCCGGAUGAUGCGAUAUUUCCGGGUCAUCCACGGUUUAAAACAUUAACGGCAAACAUAAGACAGAGACGAGGAGAAAAGGUCGCCAUCAAUAUACCAAUAUUCCGCGAUGCGAACACAAAGAUCCCGGUGGACAACUCGCACGAGCUGGAGCCGACGGCGGCGCGGCCGGACUGCGUGUACAUGGACGCGAUGGGAUUCGGCAUGGGCUGCUGCUGCCUGCAGCUCACCUUCCAGGCCUGCUGCAUCACCGAAGCGCGCACGCUCUACGACCAGCUCGCGCCGCUCUGCCCUAUCAUGCUAGCGCUGUCGGCGGCGUCGCCGAUCUUCCGCGGGUUCCUGACGGACGCGGACUGCCGCUGGAACGUGAUCGCGGGCUCCGUGGACUGCCGCACGCGCGAGGAGCGCGGCCUCGACCCGCUCAACAACAACAAGUUCCGCAUCAACAAAUCCAGAUACGACUCCAUCGACUCCUACCUGUCGCCAGAGCAUGAAAAGUACAACGACAUACCGAUCGUCCAUGACGCCGCCAUCUACCGGCGGCUGCGCGAGGGCGGCAUCGACCACCCGCUCGCGAUGCACGUGGCGCACCUCUUCAUCCGCGACACCGUCUCGCUCUUCUCGGAGAAGGUGGACCAGGACGACGCGAACGACACCGACCACUUUGAGAACAUCCAGUCGACGAACUGGCAGACGAUGCGCUUCAAGCCGCCGCCGCCCAACUCGGCCAUCGGGUGGCGCGUGGAGUUCCGCCCGUGCGAGGCGCAGCUCACCGACUUCGAGAACGCCGCCUACGUCUGCUUCGUCGUGCUGCUCACCCGCGUCAUCCUCUCCUACAGCCUCAACUUUGUUAUGCCUAUUAGCAAGGUGGACGAGAACAUGCAGCGCGCGCAGCGGCGCGACGCGGUGCGCAGCGAGCGGUUCUGGUGGCGGCGCGACGUGAGCCUGCCGCGCGCCGCCGGCGCCGACCCCGCGCCCGCGCCGCUGCCCGACGCCGACCUCUACGCCGAGAUGACCAUCAACGAGAUCGUCAAUGGAAAGAGCGGCGUGUUCCCGGGGCUGAUCCCGCUGAUCGAGUCGUACCUGUCGGGCAUGGACGUGGACGCGGACACGCACUGCUCGGUGCAGCAGUACCUCAAGCUCAUCCAGCGCCGCGCCGCCGGCGAGAUCAGCACCAUGGCCACCUGGAUGCGCGACUUCGUCACCAACCAUCCUCAGUACCAACGUGACUCGGUCGUAUGUGAGAAGAUAAAUUACGACCUGCUGAAAACAAUGCACGGCAUCCAGACGGGGCAGGUGGCCGCGCCCACGCUGCUCGGCAGCAGCACCGUCUCCAAGACCAACGAACACAUUCCCAAGGCCUUCACCCGCAUGCUCAGCCAGGACUGCCCCUAGCGAGCUGCGGCCCUCUCUUUGUUACCAACACAGUUAAACAAUUGCCUUACCGACACUGUAACUAUCGCGUUAUACUUUACACAAUAUAAUUUUGAAUAUGAACGUAUGGUGAUACACUUGUAUC